AUGUCUGCACCGCCCAAGUUCUCCAUCGACGACGUCAACCGGUUCCUCGACCGCGUCCCCUUCUCCGUCCCCGGUGCGGCCGCCAUCGCCGCCUAUUCGUACUGGAAGGCGCGCUCAUUCCUCGGGCCGUCGCACCUCUUCGUCGACCACGUCCGCGCGCACCGCUGGCUUUCGCUCCUCCUCGCCUUUGUCGCGCUCAAGACCGUGCACCGCACCCUGAACCGCCUCGCGCGCAACAACGGCUGGAAGGCCGACCCGCCUGUCUGGAGCUUUGAUAAAGGGUACGGCGACGUCGUCCUCAUCACGGGCGGCUCGACCGGCAUCGGCAAGGAGAUGGUCGAGAUCCUCGCGCGCAAGACGAACAAGAUUGCCGUCAUCGACCUCGCACCGCCAACCUACGACGCUCACGGCGUCAAGUUCUACAAAGCCGACAUCACCGACCCUGUCGCCAUCGCCGAGGUCGCCAAGCAGAUCCGCAAGGACCUCGGCGACCCGACCGUCCUCGUCAACAACGCCGGCAUCGCUCGCGGCAAGACGAUCCUCGACACCAAGCCGGAAGAGUUCCUCCUCACGUACAAGGUCAACGUCCUCGGCGCGCACAACAUCCUGCGCGAGUUCCUACCGUACAUCAUCAAGAAGAACCACGGCCACAUCAUGACGACCGCCUCGUCCGCGUCCUACGCCGCCAUCCCGCAGCUCAGCGAGUACUCGUGCAGCAAGGCGGCUGUCCUCGCGCUCCACGAGACGCUCGCCGGCGAGCUCAAGCACCGCUACAACGCCCCGCGAGUGCGCACAUCCGUCAUCUGCCCGACCAAGGUGUCGACCCAGAUGGGCGACGCCAUGAAGGACACGGACAACCAGUUCCUGACGCCGACGCUGUCGGCCCCGUGGCUCGCGCGCGAGAUGGUGCGCAUCAUCGAGAGCGGCCUGAGUGACCACCUCGUCGCGCCCCACUUUGCCCACGCCCUCCUGCCGAGCUUGAGGAGCGCGCCAGAGUACUUUAGGUGGCUCGUCACGACGGUCGGCAAGACGCACGAGACCAUCACCGACGCACGCAACGCCGUCCAGAUGAAGACGUACAAGCUCGUCGAGGAGCUCGACAAGGCCCACAUCCUGCCCGCUGCGGCUUCGGGUGGCAACAAGUAG